GGGAGGAGAGGCUGGGCUGCCAGAUUCAACUGGAAAGGAACCAGUCCCAGUCCAGCUACAACCUGGGAGUGGGGAGCAGGAGGCAGCCCAGACCUCCUGGAGCCCUGCAGUCCCUGGGACCAAGAGGGAGUCAAGUCACAGCUUGAGGUCAGGGCCAGAGACUGGAGGAGAGAGCCCAGCCUGAGAGGGGGCAAGGUGAGGAAGAAGAGGACGGGAGGCAGGAUCAGAGAUCCUGGCAGGCAAGGAAGAAGAGAGUGGAGAGGCAGAGAGACAGAGGGAGACAGAGAGAGACAGACAGAGGAGCCAAGACACAGAGAUCUGGAGGAAGAAGAGCAAAGAAGACUGACUAAGCCAGGCAGAGACAGACGGCAGGGGAGACGGAAAGGGGGCGUCUAGGACAGAACCCAAAAGGCGGCCUUAUCAGGGAAGCAACAGAGAGGCCACUCCAGGGAAGCCCGGCUCCAGCUCUUCUGGCCCCAACUCCAGCCGGGCUCAUGAAGGGAGACAAGCGUGAGGAGCCGGGGCCGGGCCCCGAACCCACGGCCCCCCCGCUGCCCACGGAGGAGGAGGAGGCCCUGCUGGAGUUCCACCGCUCCUACCGGGAGCUCUUCCAGUUCUUCUGCAACAACACCACCAUCCACGGCGCCAUCCGCCUGGUGUGCUCCCAGCACAACCGCAUGAAGACGGCUUUCUGGGCCGUGCUCUGGCUCUGCACCUUCGGCAUGAUGUACUGGCAGUUCGGCCUGCUCUUCGAGGAGUACUUCAGCUACCCUGUCAGCCUCAACAUCAACCUCAACUCGGACAAGCUCGUCUUCCCUGCCGUCACCAUCUGCACCCUCAAUCCCUACAGGUACAAGGAAAUUAAAGAGGAGCUGGAAGAGCUGGACCGUAUCACAGAGCAGACACUCUUCGACCUGUACAAGUACAACUCCUCCAACACUCUCGUGGCCCACGCCCGCCUCCGCCGAGACCUGCGGGAGCCCCUGCCGCACCCUCUGCAGCGCCUGACGGUCCCGGCUCCGCCCCACUCGGCCCGCAGAGUUCGCAGCGCUAAUUCCAGCGUGCGGGACAACAAUCCCCAGGUGAACAGGAAGGACUGGAAGAUCGGCUUCCAACUGUGCAACCAGAACAAAUCAGACUGCUUCUACCAGACGUACUCAUCCGGGGUGGAUGCAGUGAGGGAGUGGUACCGCUUCCACUACAUCAACAUUCUGUCCAGACGACGGGACACCUCUCCGUCGCUGGAGGAGGAUGCACUGGGCAAAUUCAUCUUCGCCUGUCGUUUCAACCAGGUCUCCUGCAAUGAGGCGAAUUACUCUCACUUCCAUCACCCGAUAUAUGGGAACUGCUACACUUUCAAUGAUAAGAACAGCUCCAACCUCUGGAUGUCCUCCAUGCCGGGGGUCAACAAUGGUCUGUCCCUGACGCUGCGCACAGAGCAGAAUGACUUCAUCCCACUGCUGUCCACGGUGACCGGGGCCAGGGUGAUGGUGCACGGGCAGGAUGAACCUGCCUAUAUGGACGAUGGCGGCUUUAACCUGCGGCCUGGUGUGGAGUCAUCCAUCAGCAUGAGCAAGGAAGCCGUGGACAGACUUGGGGGCGACUAUAGUGACUGCACCAAGAAUGGCAGCGAGGUCCCUGUGAAGAACCUUUAUGGUUCCAAGUACACGCAGCAGGUGUGUAUCCACUCCUGCUUCCAGCAGAACAUGGUCAAGGAGUGUGGCUGUGCCUACAUCUUCUACCCGCUGCCUCCGGGCAUGGAGUUCUGUGACUACAGGAAGCAUAAUUCCUGGGGCUACUGCUACUAUAAGCUCCAGGAUGCCUUCUCCUCUGACCGCCUGGGCUGUUUCACCAAGUGCCGGAAGCCAUGCAGCGUCACCACCUACAAGCUCUCUGCUGGGUACUCUCGAUGGCCCUCAGUGACAUCGCAGGACUGGGUCUUCCAGAUGCUGUCUCGACAGAACAAUUACACCAUCAAGAACAAAAGAAAUGGAGUUGCCAAAGUCAAUAUCUUCUUCAAGGAGCUGAACUACAAAACCAACUCCGAGUCCCCCUCUGUCACGAUGGUCACCCUCCUCUCCAACCUGGGCAGCCAGUGGAGCCUGUGGUUCGGCUCCUCCGUGCUGUCUGUGGUGGAGAUGGCCGAGCUCAUCUUUGACCUCCUGGUCAUCACCUUCCUCAUGCUGCUCCGGCGGUUCCGAAGCCGAUACUGGUCUCCAGGCCGAGGGGGCAGGGGCGCCCAGGAAGUGGCCUCCACUCCACCCUCCUCCCUCCCCUCCCGUUUCUGCCCCCACCCCGCAUCCCCCUCCUCAUCCCCGCCAGGCCCUGCUGCCAACCCGGCCUUGUCAGCCCCUCCACCUGCCUAUGCCACCCUGGGCCCCUGCCCUGCUCCAUCAGGCUCAGUAGCUGCAGGGUCCUCUGCCCACCCGCUAGGGGAGCCCUGAGAGGGAAGGACACUGUCCCCUCCCGGAGGCAGGCACUUCCCUUGGUGAGCGGAGACUGGCAUUGUCAGGAUUAAAGAAUUGUUUGGGGCUUCCUGUCCAGCUGCCCAGCUUCCCAGCUGCCUUUGGUGGGGGAGGGAAGCAGGUGGGUAAGGGGCUAUGGAAAUGGCCUGGAGAACAGGGGCCAGCAUCACCUUGGCUCAUGCCCUGUGCCCAGUGGCUAUGCCCUGAGAACACUCUGGUUUCCCCACCCAAGGGCAGACAAGUUUUUUUUUCCCUUGGAUCGGCCAAGCCAAACUUGGAGCUUUGACAAAGAACUUUCCUAGGAAACAACUGACGACCAGAACAAAACACAAACAAGGGCACACAAAGGCAUGCGCCGUUUCCUUCCCAAGGAUGACUGGCCUCUGCCCCAGGAUGACCCUCCACGCCACUUUCCAGUGACAGACGUUUGCUCCUCUUCUUGAACUGGGGUGGGGAACCCCACCCAAAAGCCCCCUUGGUUAGUUGUUAGGCAGUUCCCUUCCCUGUCUCCUUAGGGCAGGGGAUGGAGCGGCCCAGGGCAAUAGAGGCUUGGCCAUUCCCGGUUGGCCCUAGGACUCUUCCGGCCUCACUGCCCCAGGCUCCCAUGGAGCUACACCCUGGUGCCUUUGCCCUACAUCUUUUGUAACUCUGCGUAUUUGCUGAAGCUAUUUCCUUAGCCUGGAAGCCUCCCCCACCAUUUGCUGGAGAACUCCUAUGCAUCCCUUAGAACCCUGCUCAGAAAGCACAACUUCUGCGAAGCUUCUGUCCUAUUUUGUCUUCCCCAGAAUUGAUGGCUCCCCUCUCCCCUGGACUCCCGCAGCACACCAUAACAUCUACGGAAGUGCGGAUGUUGCGUUUACUUUCUCGUUCAUUUGUGUCUGCAUCUUCAACUAGACUGUGAGCUCCUUGUGGUCAGGAAUUGAGUCUUGUUCAUUUAUGUAUCCUUGGGAUCUAGCCCAGUGUCCCAGUGUCCCGCUUGGAGCAAAUAGGCAGGUAUUCAAUAAAUGUUGUUGCAUGAA